GCACCUUCUUCGAAACUUGUUCCUGCUCAUUUUUCAAACAAACUUGUCUAAAUGAUGGCCUUCCAAGCGCCCAGUCCUGGUCAAGGUCAGCAGAAUAAGAAACUGCUUGAAGAAUUGGAACAAAGAAAGAAACAACUCCGAAUGCAAUCUCAGCCUGGAAACAACAGUCCCACCAGUUCUCCAAGUAUUGUUCCUUUACCACAAGUACCUCUGACACCAGGAGGUGGUGCUGAUUCACAUAUGACCCCAGCUCAAAGAACUGCUCUGCAGCACGCUCAUGCCAAUUCUGUUGGAUACUUCAUCACCCAGGACUCUUCCUUUGGGAACUUGAUACUGCCAGUUUUGCCAAGACUUGACAAAUGACAGAGUGUAUGCACUGAGAGCUUGUGGGUCACAUCCUCAGAGGUCAUUGGUGCUAUGAGUGCAAGGUGAAGACAGCAUAUUGAUGACAAUGUCAUGUCUGUUCUGUCAUACUGGAGUUAUAGUUGUGUAUCUGUCUGGCGGUGAUGGAUGGGACAUGACACACCCAGGCCAGAUAUCUGGAUGACUUUUGAAAUAUCCUCUGUGUCAGUUGUCGGCUGUGGUGACUGUAUUCAUGGACUCCUCAAAAUGUGAUCAGAAAUACUCUAUGGCAAUUGGAGUAGGUCGGUCAGUUGGUAUCAGACGUACCCUGGGCAGCAUCAAUCUGGGGGAUGGUCAGUGUUUGGAUGGACAUGUAUGUGUUGAAGGAAUUUGAAAUACUUGUAAAGUUUGGUAUACUUGUAUUAAA